AUAUGUUUUCUAAUUCAACAAGAGAUGAAGAACACAGUAACUACAGCUUAGACAUUUUUACCUCUAAACUUUCACCAGCUGCUGAUAUUGCGGUCGGACUUGCCAUAAUGUCAAUAGUGAUACUGUCAGUGCUAGGGAAUGGAGUGGUUUUGGUGAUCUCUUAUCGCCGCAGGAAGAAGAUCGUUGGUUCGGAACUGCUCUGUGUCAAUUUGGCAGUGGUUGACUUUCUGUGCUGCAUCUUCUUUUACCCUCUGUCAAUCAUAUCAUCCUUUAGCCACACAUGGCUGGGACGUCAUGCCACCUGUGUGUAUUAUGGUCUAGGCUGCUUCAUCUUUGGCCUGUGUGGCAUGUUCACCAUUGCUGCCAUAAGUGUCAUCCGCUACAUCAAGACAUGCUAUGCUGUGUGGCUAGAGGGAUCCAACAUCCAUCUGGUGUGUGCAUUCACAUGGCUAAUUGCUGCUGUUUGGUCGUCCUUUCCGCUGAUCGGCUGGGGCGAGUACGUUCCUGAACCAUAUGGCAUCUCUUGCACAGUGGCCUGGCGUCGUUACCACACAUCCAUGAUGGAUGCCAUUUAUGUGAUCUGUUCAUUCGCCUGCUUCGCCGUUGUUCCAGUUAUGCUCAUUGUGGCAUCACAAUGCAAAAUCCUGUUGAAGAUCUACUACUUUUCCCGUGCCCUCUCCGCUAAGGGCAUCCACAGCAACCUCCGCCGAGCAGAAAAACAUCUGUCUGUGAUGUUUUUCUGCAUAAGCUUAGGCUUUAUCCUUGCUUGGGCUCCCUACACAGUUGUUUCCUUCCUGUUUAUCUUCCAUAAAGACGCUAGGUACAUGGCACCAGAAGGCUUCGUCUUUCCUGCACUCUUUGCCAAAAGCUCCCAUAUCUACAACCCUUUCAUUUACUUUUACUUCAACAAAGCUUUCAGACGGGAGCUGCAAAGCCUCUUGUUCUCUGUCUGCCCAAGACUGGCCCAUAACCGUGUUGGAGUCUACACAGGCAAAGAUGUUCAUCCCAUCCAGAUCCAACUACAGGAGCAUGUUGUAGGCUAUGGUGGUAGAGGCUCUAACCACCUUCAGGACAAGAGUGAUAAAAGGUCAGGUCUAUAUGGUCACAUGGUCUGCUGGGUCUCCAAGAUACGAGUGACCCCAACCAAUGGUGAGCAGAGAGCCGAUCGUCAGUUCUUACCUACCUCAACUGAAGAAUUGCCCAGAUAAUUUGGGAAGCUAUUUGAAUGACUAAGUUUUCCAUGUCUGUACCUCUGCGAAGUAGCUGAACCAAGCUUAUCUUCAUCUGUUAUAACUCUACAUGGUGUUUUUGUAUUGAUUCAUAGUUACUUACUGAAUGUAGAACAUGAAUUGUAUUGCAUUGCAUUUGUACGCUGAUGUCGAUUAUCGUCUACACUCUACGUUGAGAAUUUGAGUUCUGUUAAAGGCUUUCAGGUUUAAGAUUUCAA